CGGGGAUCGAACCUGCAACCCUCAAGUUGCUGGCACGGCCGCUCUACCAACCGAGCUAUACCGCUAUACAAUAAUGUGUCAUUAUUGUGUAUCAUUGUGUGUCAUUAUUCUGUGUCAUUAUUGUGUGUCAUUAUUGUGUCAUUAUUGUGUAUCAUUAUUGUGUGUCAUUAUUGUGUGUCAUUAUUGUGCGUCAUUAUUGUGUGUCAUUAUUGUGUGUCAUUAUUGUGCGUCAUUAUUGUGUAUUAUUAUUGUGUGUCAUAAUUGUGUAUCAUUAUAUUGUGUCAUAAUUGUGUGUCAUAAUUGUGUGUGCCUGAAGAAGAAGUGGAAGAGUGUGUGGUGUGUGUUGUUUGGAGAAAGUUGUCGGUCUAUUCCCAGACUAGAAGUGUGCGAGUGUAAAGAUGGCGGUGAGCGAGGAGGACGCCGACAUCAGGACCACAAGAAGGUGAUCCGACUGUCCGACUGCAUCCGAGUGGUGGAGGUGGAGGUGGAGGCGGAGGCGGAGGCGUGUCCCAAAGACACGGCGUGCUUCCUGCUGGAGACCACGCACAAGAGCUUCCUGUUUGCCGCUCACGCAGCGCAGCAGUGGACCACACAGCUGUGCCAGGCGGCAUUUCCUGAUAGCUGGGCGGAGCCUAUCAGCAGGAGGCGUGGCAGCAAACAGAAAGUAGAAGAAGAAGGCAUGGAGGACAACAUUUUGUACAGCAGCAGCACACAAACAUUGAGGGACUUCCGUGUGUGUGUGAGGAGGACAGAGUCAGCAGAGCGUUGUCGCCUGAAGGGAGAUGUUGUCCUGCGUGCCAGCUCAGAGGCACUCCACCUGCUGGACACUGGAGGAGUUGUCACCCUCAGCUGGCCCUACAGAUUCCUGCGCCGCUUCGGGCGGGACAAGAACACCUUCACCUUCGAGGCGGGUCGCAGGUGUGAUUCGGGGGAGGGGAGUUUUGAGUUCGACACCAAGGAGGGUAACUUCCUGUUCCAGGCGGUGGAGGCCGCCAUUAGCCUGCAGCGUGUCCGUCACACGUCCAGAGGAGGGCCCGUCAACCUGGAACUUUCUGCUGCCCCCGUCCUGCCCCCUUUACCUAAAGCCCCGCCUCCUUCCUACCGUGAUGACCCACAAUCCUCUUCUGCUCAGGUGGAUGUGGAUCUGCUUGGAGUUGACAAGUUGACCCUAGUCCCUAAGAAAAGGGUCCACGUGAUGUGCGGCUCCCCGCUGAACCCUAACCUCUGCGCCCCCGAGUCGUGGUCCCUGGAGCAGACCUACUCGCAGGUCACGUGGGACACAAGCCCGCCGCACCUCCCCAAAGACUACUCUCUCCCGUUCCACGCCGUCUCCAAGAAGGACACUCUGAGCGCCGAGCGUCUCCUUGACAGCGAGGUCCUGACCACGGCCUACGAGAACCAGGACCACAUUUACGACGAGCCGCAAAGAUGCGUGGGCCCGCCCUCCGAGUACGAUGACCCCGAGGAGCUGAGGGGAGACGCCUGGAGGACCAUGGCUACCGCCGUGGACCAUGACGGACCAAGCCAGAGGUCACUUCCUGUGGUCUGGCAGGAAGCAGAAGGGGAAGAAUAACAAAGUAGGGGGUGGAGCCAAA